UGCCAGCUUUUUGUCAUCCUUCUGCCAAAUCUGUCCUGCUUUCCUUCUGCACUGCUAGGGUGUGAAACAAACGGCCAAGAUGUCUGAGAAAAAGAUGACAUCGAGCCGUAGGCACCACCUGAAGAGCUUGAUGCUCCAGAUUGCUGCCAGUAUGCUUGAAGCUGAGGCAGCUGAGGCAGAGGCAGAGAAGACGAGAUACAUGGAGGAAAACUGCCCCCCACUGUCCCUGCCUGGAACCAUGCAGGAGUUACAGGACCUGUGCAAAAAGCUCCACCAGAGGAUUGAUAAGGUUGAUGAGGAGAGGUAUGACAUGGAAAGCAAAGUGAACAAGACUAAUAAGGAGAUUGAUGAACUGAAGAUUAAAGUGAUUGACUUGAAGGGCAAGUUUAAGAAGCCAGCUCUGAGAAAAGUGCGUAUGUCUGCUGACGCCAUGCUCCAGGCCCUGCUGGGCUCCAAGCACAAAGUGUCAAUGGAUCUGAGAGCCAACCUGAAACAAGUGAAGAAGGAGGUGAAAGAGGAGGAGAAAGAUUCAGUUGGUGACUGGCGUAAAAACAUUGAGGACAAGGCUGGCAUGGAUGGCAGGAAGAAGAUGUUUGAGUCCGAGGCUUAAAUCGGUUUCCAUG